GUCCGUGAGUCCCAGGCCGGAGCGCCGCGGGGGCCGGCGAGGCGGGCGGGAGCCGCCGGACUGGGCCGCGCCGCGGGGGAGGAGCGGGAGCCCGCCUGCCGGGCCGGGGAGCGGAGGCAGCGGCGGCAUGUGAGCUGCGGGCCGCGGCCGGGAGCGCGGCGAUGGGGCAGCAGGUGGGCCGCGUCGGGGAGCCGGGCGCCGGGCUCCAGCACCAGCCGCCGCCGCCUCAACAGCAACAGCAGCAGCCGCGGGGACUGCGGGGAAGCAACGCGGCCAGGCCGGCGGGCCGCCGGCGAGAGGCGGCCGGGCGCACCGCCGAGGGAGGCUUCAAUAUCUUCACUCAGCAUGAGGCCUUGCACCGCCCCUAUGGUUGCGAUGUUGAACCCCAGGCACUGAACGAAGCCAUCAGAUGGAGCUCCAAGGAGAACCUGCUUGGAGCCACUGAGAGCGAUCCCAAUCUCUUUGUUGCACUUUACGAUUUUGUAGCGAGCGGUGACAACACGCUCAGCAUCACCAAAGGUGAGAAGUUGCGAGUCCUGGGUUACAACCAGAAUGGUGAAUGGAGUGAGGUACGCUCAAAGAACGGGCAGGGCUGGGUACCAAGCAACUACAUCACACCAGUGAACAGCCUGGAGAAGCACUCGUGGUACCAUGGGCCGGUGUCACGCAGUGCAGCAGAGUAUCUGUUGAGCAGUCUCAUCAAUGGCAGCUUCCUGGUCCGUGAGAGCGAGAGCAGCCCAGGGCAGCUGUCCAUCUCGCUCAGGUACGAAGGACGUGUUUACCACUACAGGAUCAAUACCACCUCAGAUGGAAAGGUGUAUGUGACCGCAGAAAGCCGUUUCAGCACACUGGCAGAGCUAGUGCACCAUCACUCAACAGUAGCAGAUGGACUGGUGACAACAUUGCAUUACCCAGCACCCAAGUGCAAUAAGCCCACUGUCUAUGGAGUGUCCCCCAUCCAUGACAAGUGGGAGAUGGAGCGGACUGACAUCACCAUGAAGCACAAACUCGGGGGAGGGCAGUAUGGCGAGGUGUACGUUGGCGUCUGGAAGAAAUACAACCUCACGGUUGCUGUGAAGACAUUAAAGGAAGAUACCAUGGAGGUGGAAGAGUUCUUGAAAGAAGCUGCUGUGAUGAAGGAGAUCAAGCACCCAAAUCUAGUGCAGUUGUUAGGUGUCUGUACCUUGGAGCCACCCUUUUACAUCGUGACAGAAUACAUGCCAUUUGGGAACCUGCUAGACUAUCUGCGGGAGUGCAACCGAGAGGAAGUCAGCGCUGUUGUCUUGCUCUACAUGGCCACUCAGAUCUCCUCUGCUAUGGAAUACCUGGAGAAGAAAAACUUCAUUCACAGGGACCUGGCAGCACGGAACUGCUUAGUUGGGGAAAAUCAUGUGGUGAAAGUGGCUGACUUCGGCUUAAGUCGGCUUAUGACGGGAGAUACCUACACAGCUCAUGCUGGAGCCAAGUUCCCAAUCAAAUGGACAGCUCCUGAGAGCCUGGCCUACAACACCUUUUCAAUCAAAUCAGAUGUGUGGGCCUUUGGGGUGCUGUUAUGGGAAAUUGCUACCUAUGGGAUGUCACCAUACCCAGGCAUUGACCUCUCUCAGGUGUAUGAUCUGCUGGAAAAGGGCUAUCGGAUGGAACAGCCAGAGGGGUGUCCUCCCAAGGUUUAUGAACUGAUGAGGGCAUGCUGGAAGUGGAAUCCACCAGACCGACCUUCCUUUGCCGAGACCCACCAGGCCUUUGAAACCAUGUUCCACGACUCGAGCAUCUCAGAGGAGGUAGCAGAGGAGCUUGGAAGAACAGCCUCCUCCUCAUCCAUAGUUCCUUACUUGCCCCGGCUGCCCAUGCUCCCCUCCAAGACCAGAACACUGAAGAAACAGGCAGAGAACAAGGAGAACAUCGAAGGAACGCAAGAUACUGUGGAACAGUCAACCUCCAGCUCAGCACCAGGUUUCAUCAGAAGCACACAGCCGACAAGCAGCUCUCCAGCGCUGCCUCGCAAGCAGAGGGACAAGUCUCCCAGCAGCCUGCUGGAGGAUGCCAAAGAGACCACUUUCACCAGGGACAGAAAAGGUGGCUUCUUCAGCUCCUUCAUGAAGAAGAGGAAUGCUCCCACACCUCCCAAGCGCAGCAGUUCCUUCCGGGAGAUGGAGAAUCAGCCCCACAAGAAAUACGAGCUCACCGGCAACUUCUCCUCUGUCGCUUCCUUGCAGCACGUGGAUGGGUUCUCUUUCGCUCCCGCGCAGCAGGACGCCAGCCUGGCGCCACCCAAGUGCUAUGGUGGGGGGGUUGUGCAGAGGACCUUCUACAACGAUGAUGGCACUGGUACCAGCAGUGGUGGGGGCAUAAGCACUGGUGGUGGGUGGUCGGGCAUCACUGGUUUCUUUACGCCACGCUUGAUUAAAAAGACGCUGGGGUUACGAGCAGGAAAACCCGCUGGCAAUGAAGAAGCUUCAAAGCCUUUUCCAAGGUCAAACUCUACAUCUUCCAUGUCCUCAGGGCUUCCAGAGCAGGAUAGGAUGGCAAUGACCCUUCCCAGAAAUUCCCAGAGGUCAAAAAUACAGCUGGAACGGACAGUGUCCACCUCCUCUCAGCCUGACGAGAGCAUGGGGAGGGCCAAUGACCUGCUUCCCAAAAGGUUUGAAGAAGGCCCCACUUUGACCAGAGAGAGACCAAAAGCAAAACUCUUGCCAAGGGGUGCCACAGCACUCCCUUUCCGGAGCCCCUCUGGCUCGGAAGAGAAGGAGGGUCCAGGGCUAGUGGCAGCUCCUAAGGUCAAAGAAAAAAACAGUGGCCCACGGCAAGGGGCUCUUGAGGAUGGUGAGAGACCAGGGUGGUCAUCUCCAGUAAAGGCUGCAGCAAUACUUCCAACCACUCAUAACCACAAAGUGCCAGUCCUAAUCUCACCCACGCUCAAACACACUCCAGCAGACGUGCAGCUCAUUGGCACAGACUCUCAGGGUAAUAAAUUUAAGCUCUUAUCUGAGCAUCAGGUCACUUCUUCCGGCGACAGGGACCGGCCCAGACGGGUAAAACCAAAGUGUGCUCCACCUCCACCACCAGUGAUGAGGCUCCUACAGCAGCCUGCUGCCUGCUCAGAUGCAGCAGAAGAGCUGAGCAACGUGGCAGGAGCACAGCUCGGACUGGACUCAAGCGAAGGGAGUAAGAAGGCAGCAGCAGCAGCAGCACCUGUUGGUGGAAAAUCUGGGAGGCCUGCAAUGCCUCCACCUCAAGUGCCUCUGUCAUCGUCUUCCACCUCCCCAGUGAAAAUGGCCAACGGCACGGCGGGCACAAAGGUAGCUCUAAGAAAGACCAAACAGGCAGCUGAGAAGAUCUCCACAGACAAAAUCAGCAAGGAGGCCCUGCUGGAGUGUGCCGAUCUUCUCUCCAGCGCCAUCGCCGAGCCCACGCCGAACAGCCAGCUGGUGGACACAGGGCACCAGCUGCUGGAUUACUGCUCAGGCUACGUGGACUGCAUCCCGCACACACGCAACAAAUUUGCCUUCCGGGAGGCCGUGAGCAAACUGGAACUCAGCCUGCAGGAGCUGCAGGUGUCCUCAACAGCUGCUAGCAUCCCUGGGGCAAACCCCGUCCUUAAUAACUUAUUGUCCUGUGUCCAGGAAAUCAGCGACGUGGUGCAAAGGUAGCUACUGUCAAUCUGGGUAAGAGAAACUCGCCUGGGGAGAGGGGAGGGGGAACUUUUUUCUGUACUGAUGCUUUCAAAAGGAAAGACUGAUACUUGAGUAUGUGAAGUACCUCAGAUCACUGAGUUCUCCUCACGUUUACAGGUUCAUCUCAAUAGAAAGCAAAAGGGGAUGGAGAGGGUAGAGUUAAGCUGAAAGGGGCAGAGCAUCCAGUAUUUGUCCCUACCUAGUUGGGCUGAUCUCUUGGUAUGGCAAGGGAAGGAAGGUCCUUUCUCCUCCCUUGGAGAGGCAGGAGAACUGGUGGCAGGUUCUUGCUCUGGGAAGAGCGUUCCGACGUGUGAUAGCUGAGUACUGGAGUGGCUGCAGGCCCCUCAGCUGUGUGGAUCCUUGCCUGCCUGCACCAACCCACGCCUUGGCCUCUGAGAAGGCAAAGGAGAAGCCCUGGGGCUCCGCCAGUGCCAGCCACUGAGCUCUGGGAGCUGGAGGAGCUCCGAAGGGGCAGGUUGCGUGUGGCUGGGGGAAGGUCUACUGCACUGACAGCAUUCAGAGCUGCUGGAAGUGGAUGCACAAGCCCAAAUGGAGGCUGACUUCCACAGCCCUGCUGCUGCUCUAAGAGAACUGCAAAACGAGUUAAUAUAUUGACUGUCCCUUUGUCCCUCCUGUCCCCCUCAUCCACCACAUGUUCUCAUCGUUGUCGUAGCGGAAGCAUCAAGGAUGCUGGGCAGACUUACCACUGGAAUCCCCUUUCCCCACCACACAGCCUUCACUCAGCUGACACCAGUUCCUAGUGGUCUAGCAUGGGUGCUGCUUGUUGGUCUUUUGUGAGUAGUUUGGGGCUCUUGCACAACUUGCCAGUCUUGUUAUUGGGGGGUGGGGGGGUUGGUUGUUGUUUUCUUUUUUUAAGCUCUAAAUUGUUUUUAACUUGUUACCAGGUUGACUCCCCAGUUACUUUCAUCACUAGGAGGACCCAUGGUAGGAUAGGCAGAGCUUCUGGCUAUUCUCCACAUUCCUUUAGCAGCCUCAGUGCUGCAGGGCCAGCUGGAGAACCAAAGUACAGGCACGUGCCUUCACUGCUGCAGGGUUCCCUGGACCUGCCCCACUCAUGACACUGACGCCUCACUGAUGGCAUCCUGGUGUUUGUUCUGGUGCUUACUGGUCCUGCUGGCUUCCAGCUUCCCGAGGUCUGUCAGCACAGGGAGGUGCAGCCACAGCCAUCUUCUUUUCAUUUAGUCCUGUAUUUUAAAGGCUAGGCCAGAAUCUUGUGCUGUGGAAUAGGGAAUGGGCACAUACACUGUGGGCUCCUCUGCCCGAGAGGUGACAACAAAUGUCCUGGCUCUGCCUCGGGGAGCUCCUGCUGGGUUAUGAUCUCUGAUGUCUGGUGCCUGCUGACAAUCCCAGAAUGAAAGCAGUUGUCACUGAGGUUGUCUUCCUUGGUCCCAGUGCUGUUUGCAGACUGUUGCGGCCUCCAAAAGCUGGUCUGCUGCACACAUGCACAAGUCUCUGGGCUGUAAAUGCACUGGCAAGGAGGAAGACCUCAAGUAAUUGUUGGUUAGUGAGAGGAAGAGGCCUGACUCAAACAGAUAUUACCCUGCAUGCUGCUGCUCUUCACACUGUUGGUGAUGAUAGGAGAAUCUCGCUUGCUUUGCACCUUAUAUCUUUUAUUUUGGGGCUUGAUCUGUGUGCAACUGUGCUGCUUCUAGUUUGAGCAUUUAACGCUGAGCUGGGGCACAGGGAUGACUUUAGAAGA